UUCGGAGAUAAUAUAUAAAGAAAAACCCUGCUUUUACGUUUUUCCUUUGACAAGGUUAUUAGCGCAGUAUCUGUGUUUCUUACCCUAACUUCUUCGAAUCUCAUAUAUCUUUUUCGCAAUUUCAAUCAACCAUGUCGUCUAGGAGGAAGGUUAGGGAGCCAAAGGAAGAAACCGUGACUUUGGGUCCAGCUGUUAAGGACGGAGAACAUGUUUUCGGUGUUGCUCGUAUCUUUGCAUCGUUUAACGACACUUUCAUUCAUGUCACUGAUUUAUCUGGCAGGGAAACCCUAGUCCGCAUCACUGGUGGAAUGAAGGUCAAAGCUGACAGAGAUGAAUCAUCUCCAUAUGCUGCUAUGCUUGCUGCACAAGAUGUUGCUACCAGAUGCAAGGAGUUGGGUAUAACUGCACUUCACAUCAAACUCCGAGCUACCGGUGGAAACAAGACUAAAACACCUGGUCCAGGUGCUCAGGCUGCUCUCCGUGCCCUCGCCCGUUCUGGAAUGAAGAUUGGCCGUAUAGAGGAUGUUACUCCCAUUCCCUCGGACAGCACCCGUAGAAAGAGUGGUAGAAGGGGUAGAAGGCUUUAAAUUCCUUAUGGUGUAUGGAAAGCGGCAUUUGUAUCACUUAUUUUCCAAGCCAAACAGAAUUGCUGCAUUUUGUUAUUUAGCAAGUUUGAUUUAUCAUCAAAACAAGUAUUUCUUUUGCCAUCAUUACAAGAAUUUGAGUUAAUUGGACAUCGUUUUAGAAAGAAUACUGAAAGUUUUGCACGUUGAUAACUGGCUUGCAAAGUAGAUGAUAACCUCCUUUAUAUGUUUCCUAUAUACUGUUAGUCUUGAUAUUCACAAUAUCAUGAGAUUUAUAUUUUGGUU